CCUUCAAGACGAUCUUCGAGAAACUCGUCAAGAAAGAACUAUACUGAAGAAGAAGUACCUGACGAUGAUCAUUAUAUUUAUUGUGAGCAGUGCGAUGAUUUUUACUAUGGCGAAUGUCCAUCGCACAAUUUUCACAUCAUUGAAGAUAGCACAAUGAGAUCAAGAAAGGGAACAUCAAAUGCUUUGAAGACACUUCCUGAAGAUCUUUACGUAAUACCUUCUACCAUACCUGAAGCAGGCAUGGGUGUGUUUGCAAAUAAAAAGUUAGAGAUCAACACUCGUUUUGGACCAUACAGAGGAGAGAAAGUUUUGCUUGAUGAUUUAGAGGAAGGAAGAGAUACUUCGUACAUGUGGGAGAUUCUACAAGAAGGAAAGAUUCGAUAUUAUAUUGAUGGUAAAGAUUCAACUCAAGGCAACUGGAUGAGAUUUGUGAAUUGUGCACGAUGUGAAGAUGAACAAAAUAUAAUUGCAUAUCAACAUCAUGGUGAAAUUUACUACCGAGUUUAUAAAGAGAUUGAGGCAGAUAAAGAGCUGCUUGUUUGGUAUGGAGAUGAAUUUGCUGAACAACUGGGAGUAUCAUUGUUUGACGAGGAAGACGACGAGAAACAUUUUGAAGUUGGAGGUCACAGCUGCAGACAUUGUGGAAGGAUGUUUACUUAUUUUAAUUUCUUAGAGAAACAUUUAAAAAGAUGUCCACUGCUUGUUUGUACAAAGCUAUGCGAAUGUCCACAUUGUAGUCGAAAGUACAGUAGCGAGGACUACCUAAAUGUUCAUAUAAAAAAUGAAUGCAGAAAAAAUCCACUGUUACAAGACAAAUUGUCGUGUAAGGAAACGAAUUAUUUUUCAGUUGGCAAUGAUAAACGUCGAAGCAAUAGUGGGAACUGUGUUUUGAAAUUAUCGCAGAGAGUUGAAGAAAAUUAUGCAGGAGAGAAACAUGACGGAUUGAGACGUUAUCAAUGUGAACAUUGUGGUAAAACAUUUACAAGGCUCUCUCACUUGAAUCAACAUGUUAGAAUUCAUACUGGAGAAAAACCUUAUCAAUGUGAACAUUGUGGUAAAACAUUUACACAGCUUGGUGACAUGAAUAGACACGUUAGAAUUCAUACUGGAGAAAAACCUUAUAAAUGUGAACAUUGUGGUAAAACAUUUACAGUGCUUGGUUCCUUGAAUCAACACGUUAGAAUUCAUACUGGAGAAAAACCUUAUCAAUGUGAACAUUGUGGUAAAACAUUUACAGUGCUUGGUUCCUUGAAUCAACACGUUAGAAUUCAUACUGGAGAAAAACCUUAUAAAUGUGAACAUUGUGGUAAAACAUUUACAGUGCUUGGUUCCUUGAAUCAACACGUUAGAAUUCAUACUGGAGAAAACCUUAUCAAUGUGAACAUUGUGGUAAAACAUUUACAGUGCUUGGUUCCUUGA